AUGGCACGCAUGAUUACCAUCGAAACCAACUACCGAAUUGGCGAACUCCGAGCCACCACCACCACCCUAGAAAUGAAGCUCGCUUAUAGUGCCUGCCCUGAGCUUCGGGUUGCAAGCUCUACGGUUUCCAGCGGCGGAGAACCACUCUGGGUUUCAAGAGCUGGAGGAACAUCCAUUCUUAGACUCCACAAGGUCGCCAACCUCGCGUACGAGCGCAGGUGA